AUGUCCAAGCUCAAAGUUCUCGUUGUCGGUGCAUCCAUCGCAGGCCCAACCACAGCGUACUGGUUCGCCAAAGCCGGAGCAAGCGUCACCGUCAUCGAGCGUUUCCCCCAACUACGCACCAACGGCCAAAACGUCGAUAUCCGCACCACCGGCGUCACCAUCAUGCGCAAGAUACCGGGCAUGGAGGCCGCCGUGAGGGCGAGGAUAACGCCCAUGGAAGGCAUCAGCUUCGUGCGCGCUGACGGAAGACCAUAUGGGACCAUCACGGCCACUGGGAACCCAGACCAGCAGUCGCUUGUCUCUGAGUACGAGAUCUACCGCGGCGAGUUGUCCAAGAUUCUGUUCGAUCUGACCAAGGACAACGAAAACAUCAAUUAUGUUUUUGGCGAGCAGAUCGCUUCAAUGCAGCAUCAAAAACAGGAUGACGGGCCCAUCACAGUCGAGUUCGCCAACGGCUUGCCGACUGCGGAAUUCGACCUCGUCGUCGCCUGUGAUGGCACAACCUCCAAGACUCGAGCGAUGGCUUUUGGCUGCAGUGUCCGAGACCACAUGGAACCGACCAACUCAUGGGCCGCCUACUUCUCCGUUGACCAAGAUCUCGUCGGGGGGAGCAAAAUGGGACAAGCGUACAGCGCUCUUGGUGGCCGCUUCAUCGCCGCCGGACUCGACCCAGCAGGCGUGAGCCGAGUCGUGUUCAUGGGCAUUCAACCACGCGGCAAUGCCGACGCCACGGCGCCAUUCCGUGAAGCCAUGAAGCAAGGAGACGACGCGCUCAAGCAACACGUGGCCCAGCACUACCAGGGUGCCGGCUGGAAGUGCGAUGAGGCCAUCAAGGGCAUGAUGAAAUCCCAAGACUUCUACGCCAACGAGAUUGUUCAGGUCAAGAUUCCAAGCCUGUACAAAGGACGCCUGGUGUUUGUUGGCGACGCAGGCUACGCACCGGGCCCUACGGGCACUGGCACAAGCCUCGCCAUCACCGGCGCCUACAUACUGGCGGGCGAAGUCACCAAGCACAAAGGCGAUCUAGCCGCUGGCCUCAAGGGUUACGAGGAGCAAAUGCGGCCCAUCAUCCGCGACUUGCAAAAGAUCCCACCGCUCGUGCAUACCAUCCUUGCGCCGCAGACGGCCUGGGGGAUAUGGCUACGAAACAACAUUUUCGGCUUCAUUUGCUGGAGCGGGGUUAUACAAUUCGUCCAGAAGCACUUUGCCAAUUCUUUUGCGAGCAGUGAUAAGUACAAGCUGGAGGAUUAUAAAUGGGUAGAGUAA